GGGCGGGGGCGCGGGCCGCGGGUUCCGCCUGGACCUUGGCGAGCGGGAGUCGCCGCCAUCUGACCACCAGCUGUUCGACCUGGCCUGCUACGCCACCACGCCCUCCUCAAGUAACUCUGACAUGGAGAACCAGGAGGGAGGAACCAGCUCCCCCACCUCUCAGCUGCUGCAGGAGUACGAAAUGCACUUGCGGAACACACUGGCCAAGGCAUGGACGCUGAGAGUUACUCCCUGCACACUUUCGAAGCACUCCUCACCCAGAGCAUGGAGAACCUAGAGCGCGCGGGGGGCAUGAAACCCACAGCCAAACACAACCAACAAUACAUUCUGUUACAACAACAAAAACAACAACUACAACAUUACCAGCAAAAGUUAAUGCAGCAGCAACAGCAGCAGCAGCAGCAGGAAAUGCAACAACAGCAGCAGGAACAGCAGCAGCAACAACAACAACAACAACAACAACAACAGCAGCAGCAACAGCAGCAGCACCAACAGCAGCAACAGCAACAAAGGCAGCAAUUACAGCAACAACAGCAGCAGUAUCAGCAGUAUCAGCAGCAGCAACAACAGCAGCAGCAGCAGCAGCAACCUCCAAUAAAAGUUCACCCGCCCACUGAGUCUGGCAAAAGGACCCUGAACAAGUAUGGGACCCUGCCAGCCAGUGCCAGGGGGUCUGAGAGGUCCCUGCCAGCCGCCAGCAUGAGGGACGACAGGGACCACUCUGGCUACUACAGCGACAGAAACGACAACUAUGGCAGCAGGAGGGACAUCUACGACAGGGGAUACAUGAGUGACCACGAGAGGAGAUUCUACGACCGUCAGGACAGCAUCCGGUCGGGGUACAUGAGUGACAGGGAGCGAGGGUACGCUAGCGACAGGGACUCCCGGGGCUACGCCAGUGACAGGGACCGCUCUGGAUACAUGAGUGAUGGAGAGCGGGGUUACCUGAGCGACAGGGAGCGUGGCGGCGGCGUGGGCGUGAUAAGCGGAGGCGUGGUGGGCGGCAGCUACCUCUCCAACCGUGACCUUGGCUACAUGAGCGACAGGGAGCGUGGCUACAUGAGCGACAGGGAGCGUGGCUACAUGAGUGACAGGGAGAGAGGAUACAUGAGCGACAGGGAGCGAGGAUACAUGAGCGACAGGGAGCGUGGCUACAUCAACCACCGCGACAGGGAGCGCGGCUACAUGAGCGACAGGGACACACGCUCCUAUGCCAGUGAGAGGGAGCGGGGAUACGCCAGUGACAGGGGCGGCUAUGGCAGCGACAGGGAGCGAGGCUACUCCAGUGACAGGGAGCACACAGCACUGGUGGCCCAGGCGUCCAUGGAGAGCGCUGACUCCAGGCUCUGCUACUUGACUUCCUCUGAGAUGUCUGACGAUGAUCGUAUGUCCCUGACCACGGCGGUGAGCGAGGACGAGGACGGAGAGAGCGUGCACAACUCCCCCUACAAGGCGCCCAGAGCUGGCACCACCGCCGCCUCCUUCAACUGUACCGGCGCCGUCAGGAAGGCCGGGUUCCUGAGUGUGAAGAAAUGGCUGCUGCGAAAGAAACACCAGAUUGAGCUGGCCCGCAAGAGAGGCUGGAAGGGUUACUGGGUGUGUCUGAAGGGAACCACACUGCUCUUCUACCCGUGUGACUCCAGGGAAGGCCGCUCAGUGGAGGCCGCCCCCAAGCACCUCAUUAUUGUGGACGGCGCCAUCAUGCAACCCAUCCCAGAACACCCCAAGAGGGACUAUAUCUUCUGUCUAUCCACUGCCUUCGGGGACGCUUACUUGUUCCAGGCACCGUGUCAGGUGGAGCUGGAGAACUGGGUGAACAGCAUCCACAGUGCCUGCGCGGCAGCCUUCGCCCGGCACCGCGGCAAGACUGGCACCCUCCACCUGCUGCAGGAGGAGAUAUUCAGGAUUGACCGCGCCAUUGAGUCGGACUCCAAGCUGAAGCACAUGGCGGAGCUGCAGCUGUCAGUGGUGUCUGACGCGGAGAGCAAGCAGCAGAUCAUGGGACAAAUCAUGCAGUGGGAGGAGAACCUGGAGCGACUGCACUGUGAACAAUUCCGCCUGAGGUGCUACAUGGCCUCCCUGCAGACCGGGGAACUGCCCAACCCCAAGGGGCUGCUCACCCACGUGUCGCGCACCACCAAGACAGUGCUCAACCGGCUUGGGGUGUUCACUGUCAGCAGUUUCCACGCUUACAUCUGUGCACGCAGUCCCUCCCUGCUCAACAACCUGCUGGCCGGACGUGGGGCUACCAAGCGCAGAGCACCAAUGUUAUCUCGCAGCAACAGCGUGUCUCGGAGGAGCCUGCAGAUGCACCAGGCUCUGGAGGGAGAGAAGCAAUACAAAGUCAACCUCCCAGACAACCAGACGGUGACGAUCAGCCUGAAGGACUCAAUGACGGUGGAGGAGUUCCUGGUGGCGGCGUGUGGCAGGAAGAACUUAUCCCCCAUGGAGCAUUUUGUGAGGGUGCGCAAGAGGAGGGAACUGGAGGAGAGCAACUAUUUCGUGCCUCACAGGACUGACCUCAUUGAAAACUAUCUGGCAACACACGAACUGGUGGAGAUAUGCGGCAAGAUUCUGUACCAGGUGGAGUUGUCGCGCUCAUCUCUGGACCACAUGUGGGGCUUCAGUGUGGAGGCGGAGCUGAUCGAGAACUCAGAGCGUCAGGAUGAACUGUGUUGCUACAUCUCAAGGGUAGAGGACCGCUCAACAGCCAUGCAGAACGGCAUCAUCAAGGGCGACGAGAUAAUGGUGAUCAACGGUGCCAUAGUGAGCGACCUUGACAUGAUGUAUAUUGAGAGUGUGCUGCAGGAGGAACUGGCACUGUGUCUUAUGAUGAGGUCUUCCCGCACGGAGCCCCCAGACCUGGCGUCCCUGAUGAAGACCACGGAUGAGAUCAUUGAGUCUCUGGUGUGUCCCCCGCCGCCCUCAGAGAUGUCCCUGAACGAAGAGAUGAUAUCCAGGAUGAUUGUUCCCGCACCUUCAUGGAACAAAUCCCUUGGCCCUGGUAAGGAGCCAGCCAGUCCAGACGGCUUCCCCCCGCCCCCCUCAGACACGUCAGAGCGAUCCAACGUGUCCUCACUCGAGAUUGAAAGCUACCUCAAAAACUCAGACCUGGGGGGCUACUGCAGGUCCCCCGUGGAGCGGCGCGGCAGCCCCACGGGGUCUGUGGCCUCCACACAGAGCCAGAGCCAGCUGACGCCCUCCAGACAACUCAGCGACGGGGAGCGACUCAAGAAGGUCAUCCUCGAGCUGGUGGACACUGAGAAGACCUACGUCAAGCACCUGAACAACCUGCUGGAGAACUACCUGGAGCCCCUGAAGAGCGCCUCCUUCCUGAGCUCUGCGGAAGUGAACGCCCUCUUCGGGAACAUCAGGGAGAUCGUGGCCUUCCAGCGGCUCUUCCUCCAGGCGCUGCAGGAGGCGCUGGACAUGGAGCCUGGUUUCCCCUCCUUCGAUAGCCCAUAUGAGUUCAAGAAUGUGCUGUUUUCCAUCGGUAGCGCUUUCCUGUACUACGCGAGCCAGUUCAAGCUGUACAGUUCAUUCUGCGCUUCUCACUCCAAGGCACAGAAGGUCCUGCAUCCUAGCGAGGGUAACCAAGCACUGCAGGAGUUCUUGGCGUCGAGGAACCCCCGGCAGCAGCACUCGGCCACGCUUGAAUCCUACCUGAUCAAGCCCAUCCAGCGCAUCCUGAAGUACCCGCUCCUCCUGCAGCAGCUCAAGGCACUCACCACGCCAGGCUCCGACGAACACCGACACCUCCUGGAGGCACUGAAGGUGAUGGAGAAGGUGGCAGAACACAUUAACGAGAUGCAGAGAAUUCAUGAAGAGUAUGGAGCAAUAUUUGACCACCUCUUCAGACAACACCAGAAGUCUUGCAAGCAGUCCUCACCACUGGUCCACUCCCACACACAGCCGGUGGACCUGUCCCCGGGCGACCUGUUGUACUAUGGUGGGGUGGAGUGGCUCAACAUCUCAGACUUCCUGGGCAAGAUCAAGAAGGGCCUGGAGCUGCAUGCCAUGUGCUUUGUGUUCAAGACUGCCGUGGUCUUCCUGUGCAAGGAGAGACUCAGGCAGAAGAAGAAGCUCAUGGUGACUUCUGGGGCAGCACCAGGGAAGAACAGUGCGUCGGAGGUUGAAAUAAUCAGGUACCAGGUGUUGAUCCCGGUGACGGAGGUGCAGGUGCGCGCCUCAUCAAUGAAAGACAUGGACUCUCACUUCUUGUGGGAGCUGAUCCACCUCAAGAGUCAACUGCAGAGACGCUCAGAGAAGGUGUACCACUUGUCCAACAGCACGGCCGAGUUCCGCAAUGCAUUCCUGAAGACAAUCCGACAAAUAAUCCGGGAGAGUGUGAGAAACAUGAACAUUCCUGCCAACAAGCCCUCCUCCUCCUCCUCCUCCUCCGCCUCUGGUCUGGGCACGAAGGGAUCCACCAACACCCUCCAGCCAGUCCGCUCCGGGGGCAAGAAGAAGACAAACACCAGCCAUCAGUCGGCAACCCUGCAAAGACACUCGGCCGGGAAUAUAGACUAUGACAACUUGGAGACUUAUGAUAAUGUGCCAGACUCCCAGCACGACUACCACCACCAGCAACACCAGCCUCACCACACCAACAACAACUUGAGAACCAGGAGCAAGACUGUUUCUGAUGCCAUGGACGAACUCAGUGACUCCACCACGAAGAGUGACGGGGGGAAGGAGGAGGCGGGCACCAGGUCGGAGGGAGAGGACGAGGUGAUGGAGACCAAGAAGAAAGCCACACUGGGCCGCACUCCCAACCACCUCUCCCUCUCCACCACCUCUACCCUCUCCACGGGCUCCACCGGCUCCAUGGCCAAGCUCAUCCAGGCCUCCAACCAACCCUCCCAGUACCAGCCUACUCGCACACUGGGAUCUCCUGUGUGGAAGCCGAGGGACGUGUUUGCAUCAGGCGGGGGUGGGGGCGGGGGCGGCGGCCAAUCCCAGACCCUGCCGCGGCCUGGGAAGAGCGGUGGGGGCCGGGAGGACCACUUCCUGGUGUAUGAGGAGUAUGGCGGGAACAUUUACACCAGCAGCAGUAAGAAGGACAUGGGCUCCACUAAGACGUUGCAUUGUUGAGACAGUGACUCCCCCCGCCGCCUUCUCUCUCCCUGCUACUACUACUCCUCUGAUUCUAACUCAUCUCCCACUCCUCCCUCAUCUCCCGGCUCCUCCCCCUCCCCGCCUCUCCUCAUCUCCAUCCUCACCACUCCGCCAGUCACUCCCUCCAGUGAUUUUGAUUAUGCCACUGAUGAUGAGGAUGCUACUACUGCUACUACUACUACUACUGCUGCUACUACUACUACUGUUACUACUACUAUUGCUACUACUACUACUGUUACUAGUACUACUACUACUGCUGAUGCUGAUAGUUUUGAUUCAAUGCAGUGUGAUGUUGUUGUUGUUGAAAUUAAUAGUGACACUAACACAUGUACUACUACUACCACUACUACUGGUGUUGCUACUACUACCACCACCACUACUACCACAGACACGGAUACUGACCACACUACCACUACAACAACUACUACUGCUACCACUUCAACAUUACCAACCAUUUCUAUCUCUGACUCUUCCUGUUAUGUUUCCUCUUCCAGUCCUCCUCACUCCCCUUCUAGCCCUCCUCAGUCCCCUGCCAGCCCCACCAGCCCUCCAGCCUCCCCUUCCAGCCCCUCUCUACCUUCCUCCAGCCCUCCUGUCUCUCCUAACACACUGUCUGAAACUAUAACUUUCCCUCUAACUGCUGAUUCUGACACAGACACUUCAGACCUCGCCACCAGUGCAUCUAUAACUGUCAUUGACAUUUCCAGACCCACCGACACCCCGCCUGCCACUCCUGACAUCCCCGCUGACAUCAUCUCCUCCCCCAGCACGCUCCUAACUCUCUCCUAUACUUCGACUGUUAAUAACUCCACUGCUACUUAUGUGGAUACCUACUUUCCUGCCAGCUCUCUACCACUGCCCUCACUAACUCCACUACUACUGCUGCUACCGCCACUUGCUUUGCUCCUAGCCCCCCUAACACUGCUGCCACUCUCCAUCGCACUCCUAACCUUGCUGUUAGGGGUGUUGCUGCUGCUGCUACUCCCUCUCACACCUCUCUCAUUGCUCCUAACUCCAGUGGCUCUCAUCCAAGUGACACUUAAGUUGUUGCUGUUUAGACUAACUUUGCUUCCCAUGUCUCUAACUCUUCUUGUGCUUCUCCUCAUGCCUAUAACUCUCCUCCCUGUGUCCCUAACGUUCCUAACCUUCAUGCUGGGUCUCCUUAUCCUCUCCCUCACCCCCCUAACUCCUGUGACACUGUUCCUAAUACUGGUCAUCCUGCUACCACUGCUACUGCUGCUACUGCUCCCUAUCACCCUGCUCCCUCCUGCUCUGACUCCUGCUACUGCUGCUACUGAUGCUGCUGCCACUACCACUGCUACUACCACCACUACGACUACCAUCACCACUACAACUACUACUUCAAAGAUGCACUGAUGGUUUUCUUGCUACAUAUACACACACAGACAUCAGUAGCAACACCAAAUUGUUACUAACUCAAUGUAAACCUUGGCAUGUACACACGAAUGCACACACACACACACUUAAGAUACACACACAGUUAGGUUUGUGUGUGUGUGUGUGUGUGUGCAUGUGUGUGUGUAGUUUGGGGUGUACAUGUAGUGUAUGUGUACUAGUGUACGUGUAGACUAACAAAACGCGCACAUGAAUCUCAACGUACAUACAAUGCGGGGGAAACUAAAUGAUUGAUGAUAAAAGAUACUUACACGAACUUUUAACGCACAUGAUGUAGACUUUUGAUAAAACGUACAUGGGUGAUGUGGACAUGCUUACGUACACACACACAUACACACUCACAAACACGCGCACACAACCAGAAACACACACAUGACUAUUGUAUGUGUGUUUAAGGCUGUGUGUGUGUUUAUGUAUGUGUGUGUAUAUGAAGUGGAAUGACUUUUUUCCACAUGAGUGUAUUUAAUUAAUAUUGUAGUGGAGUGGAGACAUACAAUCACACAGUCACUCCACUAAACUGUAUGGCUGGUGGAGUGACUAAAACAGCCAUUCCACUCAACUGUAUAGAGAAAUGGCAUGAGGAAGAGAGAGAGAUAGUCAUACAAUCAUACAGUCACUCCAGUACAGUCAUUCAGUCACUCCACUUCACUAACUGGUGGAAGGAUUAAUAGAGUCAUUCCACUUAAUUGUAUCUUGUCUGAAGUGAAAGGGAAUAAUUGUACAGUCAUUCCACUUAACUGUACAAGAAGUGGAAUGAACAAGUUAGUCAGAAAUGAAGUAAAAAUUGUAGUCAUUCCACUUAACUGUAUAAUAAGUGGAAUGAAAGCAGUGGAAGGGAAAAAAUGCACAGGUGGAAUGAAUGAAAGAAAACGUGUACCACAUUCAUUCCACAAACCGACUGGACUCCACCAAACAGUGACAAAAGGAAUGAGUGGAGUGAAGGACCUGCAAACCACACUCCACUCUCACUCCACUCUCACUCCACUCACUCACCGUUGCAUUGAGGAGAGAGAGGGAGUGAGUGGCAAGACAAACCGAUGAUGAAUAAGAAGUGAGUGAAUGAUAAAAAACUGAACUUUGAACCUAUACAUUGUUGCAAGAGAUAAUCAUGAAUAAUAAUAAUGAAUAAUAAAUAAUAAUAAUAAUAAUCAUCACCAUUACCUUGUUGAGGAAAAAUGAAUAAUGAAUGCAUAAACUUUAAAAAAAAACUCCCGAUGAAUUAGAAAAAGUGAAAAAAAAAAAACGAUGCUGGGAUGAAAAAAAGAGAGAGAGAGAGAGAGAGAGAGAGAGAGAGAGAGAAGAAUGAUUGAGUGAGUGAGUGAAGAAGUCAAGUUAAUUUAAAAGGUCAGGUUGAUAAAAGUUAAUUAUUUGACUCGGCUACUAUUCAGUAAAGCACAAAUUUCUCCAGUUCUGGUUCAAAGAAGACUAAAGUAAUGAAUUUGGAGGUCACACCAGGUCAGAUCAUCCAUGAAUUUCCCUGUUCUAGUAAAAAAAAAGCACAAACAAAAGGAAAGAGCAAAGAAGUGUGAUUUGCUUGAGUCAGGUCAUGUUUAGGCAAGUUAGGUCACAUAGCACUGACCUGACCACAAAACUGACCUGGAACACAUUAACAGAACUAUCACUCUGACCAGUUCUAGUUGGGAGGACAGACCUAAAACAAGUGAAUUUAGCAAGCCAGGUCAAGCAAGCCAGGUCAGCCGAGGUCACACUGAACUGACUAGGAGAGAUAGAGAGCAAUUUAUCCCUAAUUCUGGUAAAAAAAAAAAAAAAAAAAAAGUAAGAAUAAUUGAUAAGUCGGGUCAAGGUAAAGCAAGUGGUGAGGUGAGGUCAGGUCAGAUCGUGCGAGUUGACCGGGUAGGAGAGUCGAAGAAAGCGUCUGUUUUUCCAGUUCUCGGGAGUGUUUCUAUCAUACUGUUGCAAUACUGGUAAAUGUAGCGUGUAGGUUUUAUUUGUGUUGUCCUUUUAAAUCUAGGUAGAUAUUAGCCAAGGCAGGAAGUCAGGCAGUCAGUGAGUCAGUCAGGCAGUCAGUAAAUCAGUUGGUUUGUGCAUCAGUCAGUCAGUUGAUCAGGGUCGCCUUACUUUGCUGGGUUACUGAGAGAGAGAGAGAGAGAGAGAGGAAAGAUUAUUUUUUAAGUGUUUUGAAAUUGUUUAAAUGAAAUGAAAUGAAAGGAAAAAUUAUGAAAGUGAAUUUUGAAGGAUUGAGAAAAGAAAGAGAUGAUGGUGAAGGAAAUAGAUGAUAACAGAAAUGAACUGAAAAAUGUGAAUUAUGCAAGAAUGAAGGAAAAGGGUGAAGAAAACUGUUGAUGAAAAGGGAAGAGAGAAAAUACACUUUACCAAACAAAGAAGAGAAAAAAGAGAAGACAAAGUGAAUGUUAUUUAAUUCUUUGUUUAAAUUGUUCGUAUAUCUGUGCGUGUGUUUGUCUGUUACCCAAGAAAGCCGAGACCGGACAGAUUGCAAGUGGAUGUUUAGCAGAGUGGAAGAAGUGGAAGGAAGGAAGGAAGGAAUAGUGGAUGGGACUCUCAAACAAGUGCAAGUGAAAAAUAGAACAACAUGAAACCAAAAACUCUGGAAAAAGAUCAAGAAAAUAAAGAAAAAGGAGAAUUAUGGAAAAAGUGGAUUGAUUUUAAUAAGUGGCAACCCAGUGAGGUACAGGUGGAACCCUUGGUGGAGUGAUGACUUAGUGGAAUAAAACCAGUAUUAUAAAGAAAUAAGAUAGAGUGAGAGAGAGAGAGAGAGAGAGAGAGAGAGAGAGAGAGAGACUAAGAGAGAGAGAGAGAAAGAGAGAGAGAGAGGUGUUUUCAAUGCGUGAUUUGAAAGGAUGUUUUUAUACGAAGAACUUUGAAGGUGACGAGGUGAAUAUGAGAUGUCAUGUUACCAUUGUUGAUUGCCCGUGUGAGAGCAGGUGCCAUUACUACCACCACCACCACCACCACCACUACUGUUAUUGUUAGUAUGUUACAUCUAACACUGGUUACAAUAUUACUAUUAUUAUUACCAGUACAGUGAAAACAUUAUAAACAGCAAACACUUUAUUUACUACUACUACUACUACUACUACUACUACUACUACUACUACUACUACUACUACUACUACUACUACUAUUCCUACUACCACAAACACCACAAUAACACACACAACAACAAUUUGAAUCACUGCCACCACCACCUUCACUACCACAAACACACACACACACACACACAUACACACACCUGUCAUUAUCAGAGGAGCUUGGAAAUUAGUAUGACACCUGCUCUUGGGCACCUCCCCACACCAGAUCCCCACCCACCCCCAUGCCCCCUCCCCCUGUCCCUCCCGUGAAAUGUCACUUGGAAAUACUAGUAAUAAUAAUAAAGAGGAUAAUAAGAGUAAAUAAGAUAAUGUCUUUUGAAGGUUUAUAUUAUAUUUUUUGCGCGCGCGUGUCGAGUGUUACGUAUAAAUAAAUAAAAAAAAAUAAUAAUAAGAUAAAAUACAAUAGGUGAUAUACGUAGGUGGUGAAAAGAAAAAAAAAACAAAGAAAAGAAUAAAAAAAAUAAAUUAUCCAUUAUAAAUAAAAUAUAUACAUACAUACGUACAUACAUACAUACAUAUAAAUAUAUAUAUAUAUACAUAUAUAAUUAUUAUCGCCGCUAUGCUAGUCUCUUCUCUCUCUCUAUUCUCAAUUUUAAGACAAUUUUUUCCUUUACUCCCUCAAAUGUUUAAAAAAUAUAAAAAAAGUGAAAUGAAACCGGAAAACUUGUAAUUAUAACCAAUUUAUCGCACUGAAAUGUUGUUGUUGUUGUUAUUAUUAUUAUUAUUAUUAUUAUUAUUAUUAUUAUUAUUAUUAUUAUUAUUAUUAUUAUUACUACUACUAAGACUAUUGCUGUUACUAUUUUCAUCUACUUUACUAUUGCUAUUUUGUUAUUUAGGUAUGUUUUUUGUUUAUUUGUUACUUUUAUUGUUUUUAUCCGUUUAUCACUCAUUAUCAUUAUUAUGAUUGUUAUUUAAUUUCUACACUAUCCAUCUCCCAGUUUCAUCUCUUUGGGCAUUAUCUUUAUUCAUUGUCAUUCACUCACUAUAUUUAUCCAUUCUUCCAUCAGUUAUUCAUCUAUUUAUCAACUUUUUAACUCAUUCCAUUCAUCCAUUCAUCUUUUCCUAUCCACUCCAUUUAUUUAUCCUGUCAUUUCAUUCACCUACUUUUCAUUUAUUAAUCUGUUAUUCAUUUGUAUAAUUUUUCCAGUCAGUCAGUCAGGCAGUCAGACAGUCAUUCAGUUAGCCAAUCAGUCAGUUAUUUAGUUAGACAGUCAAUCAGUGAGUCAUUUAGUCAGGGAGUCAGUCAAUCAGUUAGUUAUGCAGUCAGCCAAUCAUUUAGCCAGUCAUUCAGUCAGUCAGUCAAUCAUUUAGUCAGUCAGUCAGUCAAUCAUUCAGUCAGUUAGUCAGCCAGUCAGUCAAUCAUUCAGUCAGUCAAUCAGUUAGCCAGUCAGUCAGUCAAUCAUUUAGCCAUCCAGUCAAUCAGCCUGUCAGUCAGUCAUUCAGUCUGUCAGCCUGUCACCAUCAGAGUCAAGGUUCUGUGUCUCUGUUUAUGCAUCAGGUUACAAGUUUCAUCAAUCUCUCGCAAUGACAUAUUCUGUGUCUCUCGGCAUUCAAGUUGGCAUUUUUUAUCUGUUUUUUUGCAUUUACACAUUUCAAGUUUGUUCGUGUGUUUGUGUUCACCAUUGAGCUAAGAUACUGUCUCUCUCUGUCCAUCUAUUAAAAUUAAAAGUUUGUUUAUCUUCUGUCUCUCCAUAUUCAAAUUUCUUAAGUCGCUCACCUUAAAAUUGUCUCUCCAUUCGUACAUACAAGUAAUAAGAUACUGCCUCUCUCUGUCCUCAUAUUGAAGUUUGAUAGUCUUUUCUCUCCAUAUUCAAAUUUCUUAAGUCUCUCAUCUUCAAACUGUCUCUUCAUCAGUCUCUCGUUUGAUAUGUUAUCGAUCUCUCCCAUUGUUAAGUCUCGCAUUCACGUUCAAACAUUGUCCCUCCGCUUGUGUCUUCAGGUUCUAAGUCUGUCAGUCUCUCGUCUAUCAUUUCAUCUAUUUCUCCUCGCAUUCUCAUUGCAAUAUUGUCUCUCUCAGUUUGUGUCUUGAAGUUAUGUCAGUUUUUUGUGUAAUAUUUUAUCUAUUUCUCCUCGCAUUCUCAUUGAAAUAUUGUGUCUCGGUUCACAUACUCAAGUUUUGACAAUUUUGUGUAAUAACUUGCCUGCCUAUACACAUUCUCAUUACAAUAUUGUCUCUCUCAGUUCAUGUAUUUAUGUUAUGUCAGUUUUCCAUGUGAUGUUUAAUCUAUUUUUUCUCACAUUCUCGUUAAAAUAACGUCUCGGUUCACAUACUCAAAGUUUUGGCAGUUUUGUGUGAUACUUUGCCUGCCUCUACACGUCAAGUCUCUCCAUGACAGACAAGCAUUUCUCAUCAUUUUAUCUCUAUAGUUGCCAAAAAAACCCUAAGUAAACCCCAUGAUAUUGAACCAGUGCCAAAAAAAAGCAAGGGAAAUGAUAAUAAUGAUAAUAAUAAUAAUAAUACAAGUUUGCUAUUCCUACAUAGUCUUGCAUUCCUUAUUAUUAUUAUGACCUCCACAGUUCAUUCAUCCAUAGGCUUCUUAUUCAACAUAUUAUACAUAGUGAAACUCAAACUAUUGUAAAAAAUCUCUGAAAAUGUUUAAAAAAAAAUCUUAACCUAACCUUACAGUUUUUUCCAAAUGUUUUUGUGUUAACUGGCUUCAAAUUUGUAUCCUCCCUGCUUUAGUCCUCCUCCUCCUCCUCUCCCUCCUCCUCCUCCUCCUCCUCCUCCUCCUCCUCCUCCUCCUCCUCCUCCUCCUCCUCCUCCUCCCUUAGCUCCCAUAAACCAUGUCUGUGCUCAAAAUUGUACUGUUUUUUAGAAGUGUGAGUGAGAGUGAGAGUGAGAGCGAGUGAGAGUAAUUUGAAAUAGUUCCUAAGGUUUUUUGGAAAAUUAUCUUGCUUGUUUAUAUAAUUCUAGUGCCACUCUGCUGCCGCCGCUGCCAAAAGUAAUAAUAAUGAUGAUAAUGAUAAUAAAAACGGUAUUAAUAAUUCUUGCAUGAAGCUUCCUACUCCUCCUCCUUCCUCCCUUCUUCCCUUCUACCCUUCCUCCUCCUCCUCCUCCUCCUCCUCCUCCUCCUCCUCCUCCUCCUCCUCCUCCUCCUCCUCCUCCUCCUCCUCCUCCUCCUCCUCCUUAGAGAAGAAAAUAAUGAUGGUGCUGAAUGUUUGGGGAAUAAUGAUAAUAAAAUGUUUAGCUGCAUGAUUGACGAGGUAAAAAAUUUAUUAAACAGAAGAAGUGGGAACUUGAUCCACCCCUUCAAGAACAACCCCUCCUCUUCCCCACCUUCCUCGCUUCCCACACGCCGCCCUGUCACCCCCUUUCGCCCCCAUAACCCCUACUACUGUCUUAUUAAUGCGCCCCCCUCAAUAAAAAGAUCGCCUGCAAAAUACUCCCCCCAUUUUGUCUUGUGAUGUUUUGAUUGCUUGAAAUCAUAUACAAAUAGAAAAAUAUGGAGUUAUGAUGGUUUCCAUUCCGUACACUCAUAGACAUUUGCGCGUGCGUGUGUGUGUACAGUUUUCUGUGUGUGUGUGUGGCGGUGUACAUGUGCAUUUUCUGCUGACUUGUUUGCGUACACAUAAGCUCUCCUCCCUCCCCAGUUCUCUAAAGAAUGUGCACACACUCUGGGUAAUAAAUGUAGUGUGUGUAGGAAUAUCCGAUAAUGAUGUGAAGAAAUGAGUUUUGGAUCUGAGCGUUACUGUGAUGAUGGUGAUAAUGAUGGUGAUGUUACAAAGAGAGCUAUACACAGUCCCUCCCUUCUUCCCUCAAGCUAAAGUGUAAAAGUGUGCGUUGGAUGAGGUUGGUCAGGUUUCUUUAAGCUCUGCGUUCCAAUAAUGAUGAUAAACAGUUCGGGUCUUCGCUGGAAUGCCUUCCUUUGACACAUGCGUAUGAGUUCCAUGACUGUUAUUCUUUGCUGUUGGCUGUUAUCACUCUGGAAAUUAGUGAAUAUUUGCUGCAAAUUAAAGAAAAAUCACAAAAAACAUUAGGAUUAUUUGUUGGUCAGACAGCCAAGUUAUUUUAAGGUCGUUACUAAUCUAACCUAACCUAAGUCUACAGUGAAUGAAGGUCAAGAUAUCUUUGCUGACCUAACCAAGCUGUUGUCGGGUCAAGGUUAGGUCAGAUUAAGGCAAUUUACCUCAUCCUACCCCAACUAACUUUAUCCUAGCUCAGUUUAGGUUAGGUUAUCAUAAUUCGACCUAACCUAAUCUCAUUCAUUUCAGGUCAAGUUAGGUCAGGUUAGGUCAGCGUAACUUGACCUUAAUGCAGAAUGUGUGGCGGGUCUGUCACUCAAAUAGUCAGAAGUUGUGGUUUGCUUUGAAAUUUUGCUUGUAAGUAGUUGAGGUGGACAGCUGGUCAUGUUUUUGUGUAAGUAAUAAGUAAGUUUUAAGUAAUAUCUACACCUCCUACCCCUUCCCCCCUCGCCGCCGCCACACCCUGUCGGUCACCACCCACACCCCUUCCUCUCCUCUCUCGCUUCACGCUAACUAGUUUUCUCUCCGCAAUCUUCAUAUUUUUGUAUCAAACUUGCGAAACUUGAAAAAAAUAAUGAUGAUAAUAAUAAUCCUUAGGACGAAUAUUUAAUGACCCCUCGUGUGUUAGGCAACUGUUGAAUAAUGACGAUGAAUAAUGAUGAUGAUUUAUACAUACGCUGAUUUCGUUUUGGCCCUCGUAGUGACGGACAUGCUGACGAAACAUAAUAUGAUGAUGAUGAUGAUGAUAAUUACUGUAGUUCAUUAAGCCUGUGUCAUUUCUACACGCUGAGUCUGAAAUGUAAUUAGAUAAGUAAUGAUUUAUCUCAUGAGGGGGGCAGGGGUGGCAAUGGGGGGCGAGGCAGGGAGGCUGUGCGUGCGCGUGUUAUGCUUUCAGUGAUGUGUACAUGAGUGACACGCUGGAGAGAGGGAGAGGGAGAGAUGGGGGAUGUUGUUUGUGCAUGUGUGAAUGUGCGUAUGUAUGUGUGUGUGUUGCACCUUCCCUCUCCAGUCCCUUCUGCACCCUCUCCCUCCCUCCCUCCCUCUCUCAGCUCUCUCUCCCUUCUCUCCCUCCCUCUCCCCUUCCUGCCGUGCAUAGGGAGCCGUACGUAGCCAGUCAUUGUUAACCUCUCGAUGCGUGUCUCGUAAUAACAACAAGUGUGUACAUUUCUUUGUGUGUUGUUUAGACGUUGUCUGCGCGCGCCGCCGCCGCCGCCACUGCCGCGCCGCCACCCGAGGCGUGCGUGUGCCGCGGGUUCCUCCCUGUCCUUCACAAUGGCUCAAUUUCAUACGGUAGAGACAUCGAAUAGCGCUCUAGUUUUUUCCCGGCCCGGGGAGUCACCCCUACCGAGUCACCCAUCCCACAGCCCCACCCUCAUGCCCUCCACCCCCCACGCCCCCUUCCUCUCCCCCAGGCCGGCCGUUGCAUCACCGCCAGUAUUAUUAACCUGUAAUGGGCGAGGCCAGCACGUGGCGCCCCCUUCUGUCCACCCCCCCUUCCCCCACUGCCCCAUUCUCUGUGUGCUUGACCCCUUCUCUCCCAUCCAGAAGUGUUGACACCCCUCCUCUCUCCCCUUAAUAGAUCUUAGGUGUACUGGCCCCUCUCCCUCCCUCCCUCUCCCUCUCCCCUCCCCUCCCCUGUUUGAGGCGCUGACAUCAAAAUUGUUGACUCUAGAAAUGUUAUUACAAUUUUCUAUGGCCCCCUUUCCCCUCCCCUCUUAAGAGUGUUACUGUGCCCCUCCCCUCACCCGCCCCACGGAGGCCCUGGGGCGCAGCACCACAAGGGGGGGCGGGGUAAGCUUGACCCCACAACCCCCUACCCACAAUUCCCUCCCUCCUGGCUUCUAUAACCUGUUAAUCUUAUUUAUGGCCACCACCACCACCAACCCCAACCUGCAGCGGUGGUGGUGGUGGUGGUGGUGGUGAUGGUGAGGUCAGCGAGGCGAGGGCAUGACACGACCGCUGGUGUUAGGUUAGGUCAGGUCAGCCCGCCCCUCCUCUUACCUCCUUCCCCACAAUACUAGGUCAUCCCUCCCCUUCCCUCCCCCCACGUGGCUCAAGCCGACUUAGUGUUUUAAAUCUCGGUUCUUUCUCCCAAAUUUUAAAAACCGCAGUUAAUCUAUUAAUAGUUUGCUUAAUGUCUGAUAAUAAAUAAAUAAAUAAAAAUACUUGAACUUUAUAAUAAAUAGGAAGAAAAAGAUGAAGAAGAAGAAGAAGAAGAAGCUACAUCUUGAAAAGUUUGAGUACUGACGUGAAUAAUGGAAAUAAAUAUACAAUAACAAACAAACAUAACAAAAAAACAGAAUAAAAUAGACUAAAAAAAAGGGUUAUAUUGUAUGAUAGGAAUGUAUACAUACAGAACUCAACUAUGUAUUGUGUUGAUAUCAUUAAACUAUUUAUACAAUGCA